AUGAACAUUUCCCAUCGUCCUCAGUCACCUACAUGGUCUGCUUCCCUCUGCGGCUGUGCAAGUGACGUUGGAACAUGCUGCAUAACAUGCUGCUUGCCAUGCAUUACCUUUGGUCAAAUUGCGGAAAUUGUUGAAGAAGGAAAGACAUCUUGCGCCAAACAAGGUUGUAUUUAUUGCCUGCUGAUGAUGUGUUCAUGUCACUGCCUGCUUUCCUGUGUUUAUAGAGAGAAAUUGAGAGCCAAAUUCGGUUUGCCAGCUGAGCCUUGCAACGAUUGCUGUGUUCACUUUUGCUGUGAGACAUGUGCUCUUUGUCAAGAGCAUGCUGAGCUCAAAAAUAGAGGCUUUGAUCCAUCCAAAGGUUGGAAUGGACCUCCUACUGUUCCACCACAAAUGCCACCUACAAUGAGGAGAUGA